GCCUCUUCCACGGCUGGCUCCGAAGCUCAAUGGUUGCUGGGCAGGGCCGUGACGUCUUUGGCGUGGCUGCAGGGGAGGCCGCGGCGGGGAAAAUGGCGGACGGGAAGGCGGGAGAGGAGAAGCCUGAGAAGCCGCAGCGAGCUGGAGCCGCCGGAGGACCUGAAGAAGAAGCAGAAAAACCUGUGAAAACUAAGACUGUUUCUUCCAGUAAUGGAGGGGAAAGUUCCAGUCGCAGCGCUGAGAAACGAUCAGCUGAAGAAGAAGCUGCAGACCUCCCAACAAAGCCUACAAAGAUCUCCAAGUUUGGAUUUGCCAUAGGUAGUCAGACGACAAAGAAAGCUUCAGCCAUAUCCAUCAAACUUGGCUCAACUAAGCCUAAAGAAACUGUUCCAACUCUUGCUCCAAAAACCCUUUCAGUAGCAGCAGCUUUUAAUGAAGAUGAAGAUAGUGAACCAGAGGAAAUGCCUCCAGAAGCAAAGAUGAGGAUGAAGAAUAUUGGAAGGGAUACACCAACAUCAGCAGGACCAAAUUCCUUCAAUAAAGGAAAACAUGGGUUUUCUGAUAACCAGAAGCUAUGGGAACGAAAUAUAAAAUCUCAUCUUGGAAAUGUCCAUGACCAAGACAAUUAAAUGAUGUGUUUUGAAAUUGGGGUGUGGGGUGGGUGUAAAGUUAAAAGGAACAGUUUCCUUUUUUAAAGAAUGGUAUAAGACUAUCUUUGGAGCCGCCUUUUUUUUUUUUUUUUUUUUUAAGAUUGAAUGGUACACUAAUAAAUGAGAAUUUAAAAUUAGAGGUAAUUUAUGUUUUAUAUGCAGAUUUCAAGACAUUUACUAAUUUUGUAGUUUCAUGUGAUUAGUUUCCAAAGGUUACAGAUAAUAAAAAAUCAGAAAUGGUACCUUUCUAAGAAUUGCAUAUUUUUUUAGACACAACUAUUAGCACAUUAAGAGGGAAGCAAAAAGUUAUUGUCUAUUGAAACUAUAGUUAAUUAGUUUCUAACUUAACUCCCUUAUUAGCCUAAACUGUCUGGCUCCCAGGAACAGCCUUAUAAAGAAGGGAGUGUUACAUUGGGAGGAAAAUGUUACUGGACUAUUGACUGAGAAAGUAAAUUAGUUAAAAUUAAAAUACGGCUUUUUUUCCUAAUGGGCAUUUGUUUUGUUUCGAGUCAUCAUAAACUAGUUAUUGCAUUGCUAUCAGUGGAUAACAGAUGCUUAGCUCUUUAAAAAGAAUAUUUUAAAAUUUUAUGUAAACUGUUGAGUAUUUAAGAUAGCCCACUUAAUUUUAAAGGGUCUUGUCUACCUUCAUUAGUUUUCAAAGAACAACCAUUUGCUACCAAAGUAAAUCAGUAUUUUGAAUGUGCUUCUCUUGGUUUUGUCAUUAGCUAGUUCCUGUAAGCAUUUCCAUCAGAUCUUGAGGCAAAUCAUAAGGAAGCUGUUUCUUUUAAAAUAGCAAACCACCACCAAAAAUUUAAAUGUACAUAGUUAAAUAUUUGGCUGUUCUUAUUUUUUAAAGGGUAUAAACACCAAAAAAAAAAAAAAAAGGGUAAGGUUGUAUGAAGAUGGAAAAUGAGAAAGACGCACUUUCUGUAACUCUAUCAAAGCAUUUAAGUUACUAACUUGUGAAAUCCAAUUUGAUUCGAACUUAUUAUAGGAAUCCUUCUUUAGCACAAUAAUAUGGUUUAUUUUAACUGUAUACAUAUUAACCAGUGGCCUCUCAAAAGCACAUUUUAGAUACUGAAAAUAGAAGGAAAGAAAAUGCAUCUUUAAACAUAUUUUAUGGAAUCUUUGACCACAUAUACUUUGUUAAGCUAUGUGUUGUAGGAUUUGUGUUUACUUUGUAUUUUUGUAUUGUAUAUGAAUUCUUUUUUAAUGUGACAGUUAAACACAUCUUUAAAAGCAUAGUCACACAUAAAAGAAACAUAUAGUAUAAUGAUAUCCUUGAAAACUCCUACAGUGUUAAAUUUGGAGGCAGCUUCAGACUACUUGAUUGGUGGUAAUUACUCACUGAGCUCUUUUAAUAGGUAAUAGCUCUAGAGAAGCAGCCUGUAUAUAUCCCUAAUACUUUGUUCACUUGCAGUUGAGUUUAGAGUAAGCCCCAAGUAAAACAAUGGAAAUGUAUAUAGAACUAUUAGUUCUUACUUACAUGAUUUAACUAUAUCAAGAUAAAUGAAUUUAACUUGCUUUAAUGUAGGCAAACUUGCCGUUUUUGUUCAUUUUAAUGUUUAUGUUCAAAUAACAUCCCUCUCCUACAUUUUCUUUUCUUGACUCAAAUAUUAACCUAAGGUCAAGAUAGGAGAGAGAAACGACUGAGAUGAAUGUCUUUACUAAAAUACCAAUAAAUUUGUCAAACUCAAUUAGUGUUCUUAUUUUCUAUUCCAUGUAAUUGUUGCCGGUUUAUUUGUUUUAAACAAAGAAGAGACGUUAUUGUUGCUCUUGCCCAGAUUGUUGGCCAAAGAUGGGAAAUUUAGGUGUUCCCUGGCGGCCUAGUGGUUAAAGGAUCUGGCAUGGUUACUGCUGUGUCUCUGACCCAGGAAUUUACACAUGCCAUGGGUGCACAAAAAAAAAUAAAAAAUAAAGAUAAAAAUAAAAUAAAAUAAAAAAAGCGGAGAUUUUAAAUUAUUUGAGGAGUUCCUGUUGUGGUGCAGCAGAAACGAAUCUGACCAGGAACCAUAAGGUUGCAAGUUUGAUCCCUGGCCUUGCUCAGUGGGUUAAGGAUCCAGAGUUGCUGUGAGGUGUACUGUAGGUCGCAGACAAAGCUCAGAUCUGGCAUUGCUGAGGUGUAGGCAGCUAUAGCUCCAAUUACACCCCUAGCCUGGAAGCCUCCAUAUGCCACAGGUGCAGCCCUAAAAAGCAAAAAAGAAAAAAAAAAUUGGGUUUACCUAACUUAGCAUAUACUUCUAGAACAUUACAUUAUCUCAGGUUGGAAAAGACCUAAUCCGAAUCCCCUUUCUCUACUGCCUAAGUGGUUGGCAAUUGCAUGCUAUAAAAUAUCCUGCCAAGGCAUAUCUUUGAGUAUCUCUAAAUGUUAGAAGGUAUUCUCUUACUAGUGUCUGCCAUCUCCCCUCACCCUCUUUGUGGCCACACCCACAUCAUAUGGAAGUUCCUGGGCUAGGGAUAAAAUCCAAGCUGCAGCCACGACCAAUGCCACAGCCACAGCAAGGCAGGAUCCAAGCCAUAAUGUGGCCCAUGCUGCGACUUGAAGCAACAGCAGAUUCUUAACCCACUAAGGGAGGACAGGGAUAGAACUCACGUCCUCACUGAGACAGUGUUGGGUCCUUAACCUGCUGAGCCACAAUGGGAAUUCUUCUAAAUAUUUUCUUAAUGUUUAUAAUGCUGCUGUCAAAUAGUUCAAGUCUUAUUAAAUGCAAAGAUUGAAAUAAAUUUUAGAAUUAAGAUUCACUUCUAGUUUGACUUAAUCACAAGUGAAGGCUAUGAAUUUCAUUUUUUUUUAAUUCUAAUCAAAGUUAGCUUGAUAUACUGUGGAGGAACUGUUCAAGUUACUCUCCUGCUGAGAUGAUGAUACUCCUGUAUUUAACUUUUCAUUUUGAAAAAUUUCAGACUUAACAAAACAUUGCAAAAAUAUUACAAAGUUUCCAUGUUCUCCAAAUGAUAACAUCUUAUAUAACCACAGGACAGUUCAUCAGAACCAGGGAAUUAACAUUAUUAAAAUUUUUAUAUCAUUGUAUACUACUGUUCUACAGACCUUAUUCAGAUUUCUUCACCAUUCACUCCAUUAAUGUCUCCCUAUUUGAAGAUUCACUUCAUUUUCACACAUUUAUUUGUCAUCUCUCCUCAAGCUCCUUUAACCUGUGACUCCAGUGUUUGUCUUUUAUGACUUGAGACAUUUUGAAAAGUAUAGGCCAGUCAUUUGUUAAAGAUCUCUAAAUUUGUGAUUUCCCUAAUGUUUCCUCAUGAUUAAAUUCAAUGUAUAUAUUCUUGGCAAGAAGGGACAGAACUGACGUGUCCUCAGUGCACUAGCAAACGCAUGAUGUCAAUUUGACCUCUUACUGGUAAUGUUAAUUUUGACCGUUUGGUUAGAGUGAUACCUGCCAGAAUUCCUUUGUGAUUAUCAAGUAUCUUAUGGGGAAAUUCUUCUAAGUAUCCUAUUUAUCAUACUUUUGCCCACUAAUUGGCAAGCUUUCAUGUUUUUUGCUCUUUGGGUUUUUUUCCCCCAUGAUUCUUUUCCUGAAACAAUUAGUGUAGGAUUUACCAAAUGGUGAUUUUCUAUUUUCUGUUUUCAUCACUCUAUUUUUAGUAAUUGAAAUUCUGUGAAGAUUUCUUUGCCAUUCUUUUUUUUUUUUUUGGCUGCACCUGCAGCGUGCAGAAGUUCCAGAGCCAGGGAUCAAACCUGUGCUACAACUGCGCCACCAGGGAACUCCAUUCUUUAACCAAUUAUUUUAUCCACAACAGGCCCUAGUAUUCUAUAUGUGAUAAUGCAUUACUACCAAUAUUUUGUUACUCAAAAUGUCCCAGAUUUGCCCCCUGCAAACCCCUUCCCAUUGACCUUUGUUUCUUUUUAACAUGUCCCCAUUCUUUUUUUUAAUACUUCCUAAAUUUCUGGCACCAGAAGAUAUUCUGGAUUUACCUUGUAUUUUCUCUUCUCUAACCUUGGAAUUUGAUCUGUAAGCAUCCAUGAUUCCUUUUAGAACCUAUUUAGAAACCAAAAUCUGCACGAAGUGUACUCAUUGGUAACUGAAGUGUCAUUGCUUCUAGCCUGGUUAACAGCUAGAAAGUAUAUGUAUGUGUGUAUAUAUGUACUAAUUUCUAUAUCUAUAUGUGUAUAUGUAUGUGUAUUAUUUAUAUAUAUAUUUCCAUGAGUUCAUAUAGAUAUUUCUAAUACCAGACCAACAUUCUGGUCUUCCUCCUUUAUUAGUCUUACCAACAGUAAGAAAUCUGACUUUGACUAACUAUAAUCUGUUGAUUUAUUUGAUUAAUUUCUAGAAUACACAUAAAGUAGUUUGAGAAUUAUGAAUUUAUAUAUUUCCCUAUGAAAAACUACUAACAUUUCCUUUUUAGUCUUAAGCGUUUAUAAUAAAAAUAUUGUUCUACAAAGUUCUGUAAGUUCUUUUCUCUGUUCCCCUUUUCAUAUGGUUGUGUUACUUUUGUUUGGAUUUGUGUUCCCCAUGAACUAUAUACCCUGUGUUUUUGGAGAUCUUUCCCAAAAAAAAUCUUUAGGAGUUCCCAUCAUGGCUCAGUGGUAAUGAACCCAGCUACUAUCCAUGAGGACUCGAGUUCAAUCCCUGGACUCUCAGUGGGUUAAGGAUCCAGGGUUGCUGUGAGCUGUGGUGCAGAUCACAGAUGCGGCUCAGAUCCAGCGUUGCUGUGGUGUAGGCCAGCAGCUGUAGCUCUGAUUCGACCCCUAGCCUGGGAAUUUGGAUAUGCUGUGAAUACAGCCCUAAAAAAAAAAAAAAAAAAAAAAAAAAAAAAUUAACAGCUAUAUAGUACUCCCAUCGUGUGAAUGUACCAAAAGCAAUGCAAUUACUCUUCCAUGUAUGGGUAUUUAGGUCAUUUCUAAUGCUUUGCCAUCACAAUGCUGUAAUUGAAUAACCUGUGCUUGUGUAUUUUCAUAUUGGAAUGAAUUUCCCUUCAGGUAAAUUCCUAGAAUUAAGAUGCUGUGUCAAAAUAUAAGUGCUUAUCUACUCUUGUUUGGUUUUGUCAAAUUCUCCCCCAAAAGGAUUGUACCAGUUUGUUGUCCCACUAGAAAUGUAUGAGAGUGCCUCUUCCCACAGCCUUGCCAUUAGAAUAUGUUCGUCAUGCUUUUUAAUUUUUACCAAAUCUGAUAGGUUAAAAAAAAAAUGUUAUUUUAGGAAGAUCCUAUAUGGUGCAGGGAUUAAGGACCUGGGAUUGCUACAGUUGUGGCACAGGUUUCACCUGCAGUGAAGGUUCAAUCACUGGUCUGGGAACUUCCACAUUCCACAGGUGAGGUCAAAAGAAAAAAAAAAAAGCCAUUUUAAAAUAAUUUUAACUUGCAUCUCUAGCUAUGAGUGAGAUUGGAUAUCUUUUCAUAUGUUUAAGGGUUAUUUGAAUAUUGAAUAUCUUUAUGCAUAGCUUUCAUUCCCAUUUUACUAUUGGGUCUUUGUUUUCAUAUUUUAAGAAUUCAUCAUAUGGUAACUUUAUUCUUGCUGUAAGUUUUAAAUAGUUUCUCCCAGUUAUUUGUUGUCUUUUGGUUUUCAUUAUGGUGUUUUUUUUAAGGCAAAAGGCUUUCUUUUUUUAUUUUUUAUUUUUUUGUCUUUUUGCCUUUUUCUAGAGCCGCACCCAUGGCAUAUGGAGGUUCCCAGGCUAGGGGUCCAAUUGGAGCUACAGCUGCCGGCCUACACCACAGCCACAGCAGUGCCAGAUCCGAGCCAUGUCUGUGACCUACACCACACAGCUCAUGGCAAUGCUGGAUCAUUAACCGACUGAACAAGGCCAGAGAUUGAACCCGCAACCUCAUGGUUCCUAGUCAGAUUCGUUAACUACUGAGCCACAACAGGAACUCCCCCCUCUUUUUUUUUUAAUAUAGUGAACUUUGUUAAUCUUUAUUGCCUUUCAGUUUUGUUAAUAGUUGGAAAGCCUUUCUCUGUACUGAGGUUAAAGAUGUAUUCACCCUUACUUUCCUAGUGCUUAUAUUGUUUCAUUUUAAAAUUUAAAUAGAUUCCUGAAUCAUUUGGAGUAUAUUCUUAUGUAUUUGUGAGAUUGGGGUCUAAUUUCAGUUAACUUCCAUUUUUAUGAUAUUAAGCCAUCCUAAUCGAAAGCAGUCUGCUAUUGUGUUUUUCAGGAGAGUUAAAUUUGUUUUCAUAUGGGUUUUGCGUAUUGUUCAGCUUCUUCCUAAGUAAUCAUCUUUGUUGCUAUUAAAAUGAGCUUUUUCUCUCUAUCAUUAUGUACUUGUUAUUGUUUCAGGAUAUGAAGGCAAUUUCUGUAUGUUAAUUCUGUAUCUUGCUACCUAAGUAAACUCUUUAUUGUUUGAGUUUUAUUGAUUCUCAAGAAUUUUCCAGGUGUACCAUCAUAUCACCUGCAAAUAGAGAUGGCUUUACUUUA